AUGAACGAAAUCAAGAUCGAAGCAAGCGAAGAACUCCUUACUCGACCAGUUGAAGCUAGUAAGUUGACCGGAGUGGCUCUAGUGAACUAUGUGAACAAACGACAGCCAUUUUUUGAGGCCGAAUACUCUCCGAAAGCGGAGCAGCGUCUGAAACAUCUAAUGAAGACGGAGUUUGUCAGGAAUGCUCCAAAGGCUUUUAACGUUGAGAGAAAUGAAGAGCCCAUAACCAAUGUUGACAUUCCAGAAAGGUAA